GAGGCAGAAGGGAGCCCUGUUUAUGUCUCAUCUCCAGGAUGGCACAGUGUCCAGAUUUUGCUGCACUCCAUGAAUCCAAGCACCUGGUGUGGAGGGGUAGAACCCAUAUCCAUCUGAUCCUCCCAGCAUCAGAGGUGACUGUGAUAUUUGGGAGAAAACACGAACUGUAUAAUUGGAGAAAACUGCAGAUGUGAAAAUGUUGUAUUUUCAUAUCACCCUCAUGCUAAUUUUGUACUGCACAGCAGUUUCACCACAAACAGCACGAACCACACCCUGGACUACAAUUGUAUCACACCCGCAGCUUAGUUCCUGUCCUACACAGAUAGAGUCUUUGUCUGUUACAUUCUUGGUGGACACAACUGGUUCCAUGUCUGAUGACCUUCAGCAGCUCAAGUUGGUCAGUAACUGGCUUAUGAAUCAAGUUGAGAAACGGUUGCCAUGUGGUGCUCGACAGUAUAUCAUGGUGGAGUUCAACGAUCCAGAUGUAGGACCCGUCCGCACAACUACAUCGAAAGACGAGUUUAGUUAUUAUUUCAAUUCACUUACUGCCUGGGGUGGAGGAGAUUGCCCAGAACUGGCUAUUCUUGGUCUUAAACUGGCUUUGGAGAGGUCGCCAUUUGGUUCCAUCAUACUUGUCCUGACAGAUGCAUCUGCAAAAGAUUAUAAUAAUAAGACUCUCCUCAAUGAAGUUUAUACCUUACUGGAAGUGAAGAAACCACAGAUAUUUUUCCUCAUUACAGGACUUUGCUCUAGUAUCUAUGAUCCAGACUUUUUAAUUUACAGGAAUAUAACACAAACAAGUUUUGGAAAUCUGUUUCAAAUAGGUGUUUCUGAUAUUGGGAAAGUUGCCACAUACUUGGAUUUUGCUCUUUCAAGGCCUGCCAACAGCACCUCUAAUCUUCUGUCUAGAAAUUAUGACAGUUAUGGGUACCAUUCUGACUCUUUUCAUGUUGACCAGCAUUACAGUUCCUUGUUAUUAACGACGUCUGGUACAGUUUAUGAUAUUGGAAUCAUAGGCCCUAAUGCAACUAACAUCACGGUCAAGGCAAUCAUGGCAGAAUCUUGGGGAAAAAUGUUUACAGUCACCCAUCCACCACCUGGAAACUGGUCUUUUUCUAUUAAUGCGUGGGGCCCACAUUCGAUUACAGUCGCUGGCUUCAAAGCUGUGAACACAUCUUCCAAUAUGACAUCUGCAGCCAUGUGUUCAUCUUGUCACAUAAAUGCAACAUGCGAAACAUAUGGUGAUAUUCGAGAAUGCGUUUGCAAAGAUGGAUUCAUUGGAGAUGGCUUUAAUUGUUCUGACAUUGAUGAAUGUGCCCACUCCUGGACCUAUAGUUGUGGUUCUGGUGUCUGCGUAAACACAUUUGGUUCCUAUAUAUGCAGGUGUGCUGUGGGAUACAUAGAAGAUCCACCUGGAGGAGGCUGCAGAGAUAUUAAUGAGUGUGCUUAUCCUGAACUGAAUCGCUGUCAUCCAUCUGCAACAUGCUAUAACUAUAUGGGUGGUUAUUAUUGUACCUGUCCUUAUGGCUCAUACGGAGAUGGGUUUCACUGUGAUGUAAAUGAAUGCCUCUUGGGCACACCCUGCAGUUCAGACACGGAAUGUAUUAACACACUUGAACUUUACUACUGUUCCGAUCCCUGUGAUAAUCACACAGUCCUUAAUGAGAACUGGAGGAGUACAAAUGCAUCUUACUACUCAUCUUGGUAUGCCAACUGUGAUAGUGCAAAAAGAGGCUGGUUCAGAUUUGUAGGCGCAGGUGGUGUGCAGAUGCCUGAAUACUGUGUUCCAGAAUAUAGCUGUAGUACCCAUGCGCCAAUGUGGUUAAAUGGGCGGCAUCCUUCAGUAAGUGAGGGGAUAGUCGCUCGCACUGCCUGUGCUCAUUGGGCAGGGAGCUGCUGCUUGUGGCAGAGCACUAUAAAUGUCAAAGCCUGCCAUGGUGGAUACUAUGUUUACAAACUGGAUGGGACUCCAACCUGCUCUCUAGUGUACUGUACAGAUCCUAAUAUAGUAAUGAAUGACUGCAGUUCUCUGGCCUGUGCUGAAGAUGAGGAAUGCAAAGAAGUGAAUGGAACCCUGGGCUGCUAUUGUAAAAAGGAAUAUGAAUCUAGUAUGUAUUAUGAUUUCAGAAAGCUGCAGCCAGCUCUAACCUGCAGCACAUCACAAAUGAAAGUAUCGCUAAAUAAAUGCCAGCUAGACGCAAUGGGAUAUGACAUCUCAAGUAUCAGUCUGAAAGACCGAAUGUGCAUGGGAGCUGUGGAAGUGUACAACAAAAGCUCCAUUUCCCUGACCACCUAUGCCAGGAGUGGAUACUGUGGAACACAAUUAACUCAAAAUAAAACCCAUGUCACUUACUCCAACACAAUUUAUUUGCAACCAAAAUCUGUGGGGAUAAUUAUCAGAGACAAGGAAACCUACAUCAACUACCACUGCACAUAUCCUCUGGAUAUGAGAGUUAGUCUGGACCUCGCGCUUAAUCCUUUCAUAAGCUCCAGUAAUAUCAGCAUUGGAGGGACUGCAACAUAUUCUGCAAAAAUGGCUUUGUACCAAAAUGCUGACUUCACCAGGCCAUUUGAAGGGAACAGAAUUAUACUUUCUGUAGAGGCCAUGCUGUAUUUUGGCAUUAUGGUGGAAGAUGCUGAUGGAUACCAGUUUGCUGUAGUAAUAAGAAAUUGCUAUGCAACUCCUACAAGAAAUCCCUUUGAUUCUGUGAAAUACUACAUUAUUAAAGACAGGUGUCCAAAUAAGCAAGACAGUACUAUAUCUGUUGUAGAAAAUGGAUUAUCCCUGCAAGCAAGGUUCUCUCUGCAAAUGUUUAAGUUUGUUGGGAAUUAUCCAGAAGUUUACGCACACUGUGAAAUAAGCCUCUGUGAUAUAACUGUUGGAUCAUGUGUGCCGGUCUGCUCUGGAAUGAGAUCUUCAAACCCUGAAAACGACAAUAAUAAUGUGACUAUCUCAAUAGGACCAAUUAUAUCAAUUUAUCGACAACGCUGAUUUCUGUUAUGGCGCUGUUGUUAAUUCAUGCGUCUCACAAAUGGGUACUUGCUUGAUCGUGUACACCAAGGCAGUGCAUUGCUUUUAAAACAGGAUAUACUAAAAUAUCCUUUAAUACUUUCUUUCAAUGAUUUUGCUACCUCUGUUUAACUAUGCAAUGAUUCCAUCAAGAGAACUGUUAUUUCAGUGCAUGAUUGGUGCAAAAAGUAAUGUGCAAUGCUAUCUAACUUCUGACUUGCUCAGUGUUAUUCCAUAAACUUUGCAAACCACAUAGAUGCUACUGUGGUAUGCUGGGAUAAGCAAAGGCCCUGCAAAGCAAGCUAUGUAGCUGGUUUCAGCUGUGUUACAAAUCAAUGAAAAUAUCUGGCGAAAGCAUAAUUUGUUGAAAAAGUUGCUAUUAGGAGAGAUUACUUGUCUGUUUUCUAAUACUUAUACUCCAAAUUUGCAUUUCAGUUUGGAGUAAAGUAAAUCAAUGUACAUGUGUUUGUAAACACAUUUUUAUUGAGCAGUAUGUACAAUUGCUAAAUAAUAACCUACAUUUUUACAGAGUUAUAUGCCAAUUGACUAAACAAACUAAUAAACCAUUACAACAUUGAAUGGCUUGAGCCAGGAAAAUUAUAAUCAGUUGUCAUAGUAACUGUAAACAGAAACGUUUUGGUUAUCUGGGCAUUAUGGUGGCUAUAACCAUCUGCUACUUAUAUGUAAACUAUGAGAAGACUAAGCCCCUAAAUCCUUUGCGUGAGCAGAUAACUCACUACUGAACUUGGUGAACAACUCGUGCCUUCUUGUCCUUUGAAGUGCAACAAUUCGGUCAGCUUUUUGCACCUUUCCUUGUACUUUUCAUAUGCCUUCAGCUCUUGCUACCACAGCUGUACAGCAAAUAUUUUUUUUUUAAUUAAAACUUUCACACCAUGUUGGGUUUCUUUCUUAAAAGUAUUUGACUUUCUUUGUAAAAUGAUUAUGUGAUAUAGAAGUCAUUUGAAAUAUAAUUAAAUGUAACAGUUGGUGGUAAAGAAAAUAAAAAAAAAAUCAUUUUA